CGCACGGGGAGCCAGCCCCGGGUCCUCGCGCGUGCGCACGGGGAGCCAGCCCCGGGUCCCCGCGCGCACGCUUGCACGAGGUGAGAGCGACAUGGAGGGUUCAGCUCCGCCGUCACCGUCGUCCUCAACCGCAGCCUCGGCCUCCGCUCCAGAGACCCCGGCCUGCUUGGAGCAGCUGGACAAAGGGCAGAUUCGAAAAGCGGUGGAAGCACUGUUGGCACACUCCAGGUCCAGGAAGAACGCGAAUGGCUUGCUUUUGAAUGAGAAUGAGAAUUUCUUUUUAAUGGUGAUAUUAUGGAAGAUUCCAAGUAAAGAACUGAGGGUCAGACUGGCCUUGCCUCAUGGUAUUCGAUCAGAUUUAACAGAUAUUUGUUUACUUACCAAGGAUGAACCCAAUUUAACUCCUGAAAACACAGAACGGUUUUACAAGAAGCUUUUGAACAAGCAUGGAAUUAAAACCAUUUCUCAGAUUAUCCCCCUCCGAACUCUAAAAAAGGAGUAUAAAGCCUAUGAAGCCAAGCUCCGCCUCUUGGGCAGUUUUGAUUUCUUCCUUACUGAUGCGAGAAUCAGGCGGCUCUUACCGUCACACCUCGGGAGACAUUUCUACCACAGAAAGAAAGUUCCUGUACCUGUGAACCUUCUGGCCAAGAAUUUAUCCAGGGAGAUUAAUGAAUGCAUAGGUGGCACUGUCUUAAACAUCUCUAAAAGUGGUUCUUGCAGUACCAUCCGCGUUGGCCACACUGGAAUGGAGGUUGAACACAUCGUUGAUAACAUCAUCGCUGUUGCGAAGAGGCUUUCACAAAAGUUGCCAGAGAAGUGGGAGAGUGUGAAACUCUUGUAUGUGAAGACAGAGAGGUCAGCUUCCCUGCCCAUCUUUUCCUCAUUUGUCAGCUGUCAGGAUGAAGCCAAGGGAAUAUGCACUCGUAUUCAGAGGAAAAAGGAAGCAAAGAAAAAACAGAAACAAAAAGAGAAUCGUGAAAAACAAAAAGAGAAGAGAAAAAACAAAAGGCUUGAGAAACAGGGUAAAAAGGCUGCAUCGGCCCCAAAGGAAGAGGAUGCGGACCCCAAAAUUAGUGAUGCUGUUGCGAAGGACCCUGCCCCACAGAAGGAGAAGAUGCAAGCUCGUGAGAAGAAAGAGGCCGGUAAAGGAAAAACCCAGCAGAAGGUGCAAGACGAGUCCGAAGACGAGAUCCCACUCCUCGUACCAAUAGGGACUCCAGCAAAAGAAAACAUAGAGGUGCAAAACCACGCUGCAGGAAAGAAGUCUCAAAAAAAGAGUCCUGGUCCCAACAGACCCCGUGGAAAAAAGAGAAAGGCCUGUCCAGGUUUGGAGACCCCGAAGGCUGCAGAGGCCAAGACUCCAGGUAACGGCCCAGAGAAGAAGCCAAGAAUCAAAGAAGAGGCAGAGAAAGAAAGAAACUCUUCACUGGGGAAAAAAGACCCAAGACAGAAGACCAAAAAGCCAGGAGCCAGGUUCUUUACUACUGCUAAUAAAUCUGCAAAAAAAGCUCCCCACACCCCCAAACAGUGGCCCAAAAAGCGCAAAGUACCCCAGUCAACCUAACAAUCAAGAGACUCAAGCAGAAGGAAACCUCCGAACUCCCCAAAGAGCUUUUUGAAAAUGCCGGAGUCCCAAGCCCCCACUCCUUGCAGCCUUCUCCGGGCGUGAGGUCAAGACUUAAAUAUUUUUUAGAACCUUUGCAGGUAAUUCUGACGUAUGUUCGUGCGCAAGAGAACCAGUAGUUGUGAAAUAAAUCCGUUUUUUAAGUUGCCCUUCUGUGUAUUUGCUAAUAUGACAGGGAAAAUACAGCGCUUGUCUCUG